AUGACGGAAUCAAGCCCCCCUACCGCCGACCACCCACCGCCCUUGACUCGGCAACCAGGACGGCCCGAGCUGGGGAGUCUCUACAGCAGUAACGGUGACGUUUCGAUAUCAACAACUCAAUCGUCCUUUUGGCCUCUUCCAAUGGCCCUUCGUUUCCUUCCCCGUCGGGCCGUUGUCGCCCGCUCAUCGGCUUCCAUAUCAAACAUCACCAACCUCACUUGCGCCUCAACAUAUUUGCGCCGCUCUUUUAUCUCUUUCCCCUCCUCAGAACCUCAAAGGCUGACCGCCCACCGUGUUCUGCCAUAUCCUUCUGAACCUCUUUACGAUCUCAUUGCCGACGUCGACUCCUACUCUUCUUUUGUUCCAUACUGCUCCCGCUCUCGAGUAACUUGCUGGUCUGAUCCUGACUCAACCACUGGGCAGCGGUAUCCCACACUCGCCGACCUGCAUGUUGGUUGGGGGGGGUUUGAUGAAGUCUUCACAAGCCGACUGCGCUGUGUGCCAGGUCAAUCUGUUGAAGCCGUCAGUGGAGAGACUGUUCCUGGAGGUACAGGGCCUGAUGCAUCGGCCGUCUUCCGGAGUUUAGUGACACGGUGGUCCGUAAAGUCAAUUGCUGGACCGCCUUCACCACGUACCGAGGUUCAUCUUGCCAUUGACUUUCAGUUUACCAACCCCCUCUACGGCGCUACAUGGUAG